GUGGUUUGACGGACGGCGCGCGUUUGGUUUUCAUUAGGUCGUCUCGACACUGACCCCCUGCCCCGUCUACAGUAACGUGAAACCAGCCCGCUGGCAGGCGCGCUGUGCGGAAGAGAGGCGAGCAGAGCUGAUGCAGUCUACACUGCUUUCACAACCCGGUCGGUCCGCGGGGCUGGACUGCGCUGCCUGCUGCGCACAGCGACCACAAGCUCCCCAAGCACUGACCCACCAGCAGCGAUGCGUGCUAUGGCCACGCAGUAGCAUUCACUGGAAUAGAUGGUGAAGCAGUCUUUUGCAGAAGGGAUUCUUCUUGUUUUUGUCUCCCCUGGAGGUGCGCUAUGGCAGUCAUGGUGAGCUGUCAGAGUGGCAGAAGUUUACGAAACGGCGACUGGGGCUUCGCUCCUCUGCUGGCUGCUGUGCUGCUCAGCUUUCUGCUUGCAGGGAUGCAGCAGACCACAGCGUUUCCCACCUGGAGGUUAGAGGAAGAAGCUCACACCACUGUGCUGCUCAUCGGGAUCCGCAAAGAGGCCCGGUCACAAGUGCUUCACCUCUCCAGGAACAAGCGCUACACCCUCACCCCGGAGAAGCUCAAAUGGGACAAGUUCAAGCUUACAUACAAGUUGCUCUCCUUCCCUACAAACUUGAUGAACGCCAGCGACACGCGUCGGGGAAUUGCCAAGGCUUUUGGCAUGUGGAGCGACGUCUCGCCGUUCACCUUCAGAGAAGUGCCGGCCGACCAAGAGGCAGACAUCAAGAUCGGCUUCUAUCCCGUCAACCACACAGACUGUUGGCAGUCCCACUUGCACCAUUGUUUCGAUGGCAUCACAGGAGAACUGGCUCACGCGUUCUUCCCGCCAACAGGCGAAAUCCACUUUGACGACCACGAAUACUGGAUUCUGGGAAACAUGCGCUUCAGCUGGAAGAAAGGGGUUUGGCUGACGGAUCUCGUCCAUGUGGCGGCUCACGAAAUCGGUCACGUCCUGGGAUUCAUGCACUCCAUGGAUCCCAAAGCUUUGAUGCACCUGAAUGCAACUCUGACAGGGCGCAAGCUUAUCACACAGGAUGAGGUGUGGGGUUUGCACCGGCUCUACGGAUGUUUGGAUCGUCUAUUUAUCUGUCCGGCCUGGGCUCGGAAAGGCUACUGCGAGAGCAAGCGCAGACUGAUGCAGAAGCACUGCCCCUCCAGCUGUGAUUUCUGUUACGAAUUCCCUUUCCCCACUGUAGCUCCCACCCCGGCUCCCCCAAGGACCAAACACAAGCUGGUGGUCGAGGGCAAGAAGCUGACAUUUCGUUGCGGGAAGAAAAUAGCAUCAAAGAAAGGCAAAGUACACUGGUACAAGGACGGGGAGCUGCUGGAGUUCUCUCACCCGAACUACAUCUCACUGAAAGACGACCACAUUACUAUAGUGGCCAACGCCAUCAACGAAGGCACGUACACCUGCAUCGUUAAGAAGAAGAACAAAAUUCUCACUAACUACUCGUGGAGGGUACGCGUGCGCUUCUGAAGCAGAACAGCCCGGCUCCUCUGCACACUGAACAGGACAUAUUCACACAGAUGGUCACCAGGAGACCUCACUCACUAGGGCACAUACUAGUAUUUUUUGUUUUGUUUUUUAAACGUCCUUCCUGUAUCCACGUAAAAUUGUCGACUGUCUUUGGUUAAAUGCGUUUACAUCUGUGCAAAGAAUAAAUGCUCUGUGACAGAUA